AUGAUAUCAAUUCUUGUGAUCCGUCCUCUGAUCAUCGGAGAAGAGAAGGAAUCGAAAUGGGAAGAGGCGCGACCUCCGUCAUAUCGUGCGAGCAUUGUGAGGCAGGCCUACCAUCCAAAAAAAAUAUUAACGAUGAACCACACUCUGGAAGAAUGUCCUCUUUUGCAGACCACGUUGACAGGAGAGAAGAUGAAGAGGUGGAUAGAAGCUCAAGCACGUGGAGAGAAGAUAGAUAUUGAUGUGUAUGGGAAGCCGACAGAGCAGCAGCUAAAAGAGUUGGAGAAUGUCAGGAACUUGAGCAAAGAGUUGCAGGAUAACUUACAUGAGUUAGAAAACUAUGUGCGCAUUGAUGAUGUAGAAAAUGAAGCCAUGAACCCCACGGCCCAGAUCUUAGAUUUUUCAGAAGACCACGAAUUUGUGCCUGACAGUCAGAACAACUCGUAUUACGCGGGAGAAGACAAAGUGGAUGCCAAAGAAGAAGAAAAGCAGAAACUAACAAAGGAUGGCAGAAUAAGCUUGAAGGCGAGUCGUGUUAUAGAAAAAGUUGUGCUUUGA